AUGUAUAGGCGGUGCUCGCCAAACAAGCAGCGUGUUUCAGACUUGAGCAGACGUUUCUGUGCACGUGUCCGUUUGCGGCUUCUUUCCCGUGUAGUUUGGAGCGUGCUCGGCGUCGCGGUGUUGGUUCAGAUUGCCGUCUAUGAGUGGAAACUCUACGGCGGAGGGGUCCGAAGCGCCCGUUAUGCGUUGCGCGAGUUCGAGAAAGAUCUGCUCUCUCGCCGAUUGCCGUUGUUUGUGAACGGAACCGGUACUUGGAGUGUCUCGUACGCUCGAGUGCGCGACGCUGUUCUGAGAGUAUCUGGUACGGAGCGAAGGGUGUUCGUGCUGUGCCGCUCACUCGACGCCUGCCGUAGCAGCUCGACAGCUGACGAAGACGCGCUUCUCCUGAACGAACGCACGCUUUUGAGAGUGCGCACCGCAUAUCGCUCCGCGUACAUAUCAGUACAUUUCGUCGUGAAUGAAACCGAAAAACGGGCAUUCGAAGCAGAAUGCCAGCGAACAGACGGUGGCUGGGAGCACCGGACAACCCUCUAUCAACCGCUGACUCCCUUCGUGAUGAAGAAUUUGGCUCACUGGACCUUCGAUCUCGUUUAUCCUCUUUACGUCACGAUGCGGCUGCUCAGUCGCAAUCCGCUAGAUUGGGUCCGUCAGCGUGUCUACCCGCCGCGUCUGAUUUUCGAUACAACGAGCUUGGGACGAGCGGGCCGCAGCGCUCUUCGGCUUCCACCAGAUGGCCGUCGCCUGCUGCACCGCCUUGGCGGCAUCAGCACCAGCUUGACGCCGAAUCUGGAGUUCCGAUCCAUGGGCAGAGCUCUGGAAUCGACUUUUUGUUUUCGUGAUCUAGUACUUGGUGCGAGGGAGCAAAAUCUCAGGCACUCAAACUGGAAUCUCCUGGAACUGUCCCGAUCCAUGGAUGCCCAGCGGGGAAAGCUGCUGCGGGCAUUCAGCGCAUUUAUGCGGAACGAUGCAGACCGCGAGUGUUCGUCGAAGUCAGUCGAUCGCAAACGAGUGAUCACCCCGAGUCACGACUUAUUCGGAGAGCGCCCGCAACGCGACCAAAACCGACACACUAUAUGGAUUCUGGGGCGCGGCUCUGUUCGACGACAACUCCGCAAUGGAACAGCACUGGUCCGACGCAUACCGCACGCUCAGUAUGUUGAGGCGUUUGGCAAUCUGCCAUGGUGUUUACAAUAUACCAUUAUUCGAGAUGCGAGCGGCAUUGUCGCGAUGCACGGCGCUGAGUGGUCGUACUUGUUACUCGUUCGAAAACCAUCCCGUCUGCGCAGCGUUGAGCUUUUCCCUCCAUGCGCGGCGCCACUGACCUUCUAUGCGUCGAUCGCUAGAUAUCUCGGCGUCAUGCACCAUAUGAAGCUGCAAACGAGCAAUCGAACCAGCAUGGAAUUCGAUGUGCGUUACCCUCAGCAACGCACCUGCCUCGACGCGUACCGCAAUCACACAAGUGUACGUGGCACCCUACCGGGGCGAUGUUGCCUCGACGCGAACAUCGUCCUUUCGGAGUAUGACCAGGAACGAAUCGUGCGCUUUCUUGCGGAAGAUUAG